CAUCAUCCGAUGCAGUUCGCAAUGAUUAAGUUAACCGGUACUUCAUACAAUGCCAAUGAAAAAAUAUGGUCGGGACCCAUAACGAAGAAUUUGUAUAGCGGCGAUAUGACUGUAGGAGAGGCUAUUGUCAUUCAAUUAUUAAAAACUCCCAACAAAGUCAUACAGAUUGUGGAUUCUACAGGCGAAACUUUGACAGCUCAAGAGUUUGUGGAGCAUUCCAUGACUUUGGCCAAAAGCAUGCUGGAAUUGGGUAUCAAAUGCAAGAAUGUGGUAGGAUACUAUGCUCGUCAUUCAAUACACCUGGCCACAGUCAUUCUGGCUUCAUGUCUCUGUGGGACUUCGGUGAGUGGUUUGUAUGCGGAAUUCGAUAAAGAUACCAUUAUUAAUAUAUACGGCAAGACUCGUCCCAGCAUAAUUUUCUGUGAUAAAUUCAAUUUUGAAAAAGCCCAUCACGCCAAUGCGCAAUUAAAUCUGAAUGCGAAACUUGUGCUAAUGACCGGAUCGUUGGAAGGUGUCGCAACCAUAAACGAUUUAUUGACCACAAAGCACCAGUCUAUGAGAUUAUCGGAAUUUCCAUGCACAAACCUCAAAAGCUCUGAUACAGCGGUGAUCUUAUGCUCCUCAGGAACAACGGGCAGCCCAAAAGGCUCAAUGGGCUCACAUGAAACUCUGCUGCACUCCAACUGUUACGCCACAGCCACCAUUGAUUCGGUUCUACUUUCCUUCAGCACAAUGUAUUGGGCCUCAGGACUUUUAAACCUAUUCUCAUCCUUACUGAAUUCUACUCUACGCAUUGUGCCGGACAAACCCUACAGUCCAGAAUAUUUCCUCUAUCUGGUGAAACGUUAUCAAGUCACUCAUGUAUUCGUCAAUUGCACUCAAAUGGCUGAGCUAGUAUUAAAAUUUAGUAAAGAGGAGCUAAAAGAAGGCUUUGAAUCAAUCGACACCAUUUUGUGCGGUGGCUCCAAAGUACCGCAGACAAUACAGGAAAAAUGUCUAGACGCAUUUUCCACAGACAAGUUGCGCCCUGGAUUCUGCAUAGGAUAUGGCAUGUCCGAAAUUGUGGGAAUUCUAUCAUACAAUGGGGGUUAUCCACAUGAGUUUAAACCCCAAACCGAGGGUAAGUUGUGGACCAAUAGACAAGUGUGCAUUGUUGAUGAAAACUACCAGCGUUUGGGACCCAAUGAAACUGGUGAACUAAUGGUGUACAAUUCCCACACAUGGUUGGGUUAUUACAAUGAUCCUGCUACCACUGCAAAGGUGAUGGAUGGCCAAUGGUUGCAUACUGGCGAUAUGGGAUAUUUUGAUGAUUCGGGAUUCUUACAUUUAAUGGGUCGUAAUAAGGAUAUGUUCAAAUGGAAGGGCUUCCAAAUAUGCCCACAACCCAUAGAAGAUGUACUAUUGCGACUCACGGGAGUAGCCGAGGUUUGUGUUUUUCCUAAACCCGAUCUGGUGGCCGGCAAUUUAGCAUCCUGCGCUAUUGUAAGAACAAAAGAUAAUGCGGGAGAAGCACUAACUGCAGAUAUGGUGCAUGCGUUCCUCAACAGCAACUUGGAUAGUUUUUUUGGAAUGAAAGGUGGAGUACAUUUUGUGGAAAGUAUACCGAAAACUUCUACGGGUAAGAUGCAGAGAAACCAAGUUCUUGCAAUGAUAUGUGAGGAAAUAUGAAUAAUUAAACAAAAAAGAAGAUUGUAACAUUUAGUACUUAGAGAGUAAUUAAUAAAAUUUCUUAACAAUCA